AUGUCACAUUUGCAUAGAAGCUCGAAGCGGUAUGUGCCCAGUGCUCUCAGCCGUAACCAAGAUCUAUUUCCAUUUGAAGAAAGCCGAUUUCCUCGAGAAAAACUUGAUGGCACUGUCAAAGUACCGGAUUUUCAUUCUCCUUUCGUAUCAGAUGCGGAGGCUGUGGAUCUUGAUCAAAGGACUAUCCACAAGUUUGCAGAUAUCCCCAGGUUCACGACCAUCAUAACGCAGAAAACCCAAUUGUCGUAG